AUGUUUCAUAGUGAAAGUUUGCAAGAACAUAUUCUUUAUGAUAAAAUUUAUCAAUACCUUUGGGUAAAAUCUGAAACCUCUAAUCCUCCUUCUAUAUUAAUACCUGAAACAGUAAUAGUAAUACGAUCUAUGCCUAUAUAUUGGUAUUUUACAGACAGAGAUUCAGGAGAAGUAAAGAAAAAAAUGCGUAAAAAUAUAAGCAAAGAAAACAUUAAGGAAAGUUGGUUAAACUGUGUUGGAAAAUCAGGAGUAGUUGGCUAUUUAUUACAUUUUAUGUAAAUGAAUUAAGUAUUUGAAGAGAGAAUUUAGAUCUAAAUUACCCUGAUGUAAAGUUAAAAGUUAGUGGAUAAAUAUAGAUAAUUUAUUUUGACAAAGAGGGAUUUGAAAAAUUUAUGAAUUCAAAUGUAGAGCUUCCAUUUGGUAUUUUACAAAAGUACGUUGAAGCUGCAGAUGAUAAAAAUUGUAAUUAAAAACAAUAAUCAAAGCAUAAAUACAAGCUUUUUGGAGUAAACAAAUUACUUUAUUUACAAAAAGGACAACGAAAAAGACUUAUCUUAAUAAAUCAAUGAAUAUUUAUGAAAGACUAUGUACAUUUGAAGGUCCAGAUUAUUUAAGUGAGGCAAGUAAUAUAAUUAAUGUUAAUUGUAAGCUUAAGUGAAAGAUUUUUAAUCUUAAAGGAUAUCAGAAGAAAUAUAAAAGAUGAUUAAUCAUUUAGAUUCUAUUUCUUUUGGAAAAUUGAAUAUAACAUAAGGAAUAUUCUAUUUUAAAGUAGAUAAAUAAGCAAAAUGUUGGUUUUUAUUCUGUGGAAAUUUAAAGUUUGAAGGUGAAAAGCAUUUAAAGAAUUGUCCUAAAAAUAUGUAUUAAUGGGCAUAAAUAAAAAUACCAAAAUCAAUAGAUGGAAUAACGUCAGUUUAUAGUUAAAAACCUUAAUAGUUAAAUAAGGAAUCAAAAUGUAUUUAAUGUGGAGGAAUUGAAAAAGAAAAUAAUUUUAUUAUUAUACCUUAUUAAUAUAUUUUAGAUAAUGAUUAAAAUACAAUUCCACCUAAGGAUUGGCCUAAAGAAAUUUAAAAUGAUGCAAAAAAAGUAAAAUUAGCAAGUAAAAAUUCUACUUAAUCUGAUCUAUUAAAUACAAUAUCUUAAGUUCCAUUAGUAUUUUAAAAAAUCCAUGCAAAAUUAAAUUCAUCAAGUUUUGAUUAAUUAAAAAAUCAAGAUCGAUUUUAAUAAAAAACUCUGUAAGUUUGUUUAAAUUGUUAUAUUCGUUUAGGUAUUUAAUUUAUAUAAAUGAUAAAGUUGCUUUUUAAGAGAAAAAAUAGAAAGAUUGUGUUAUUAAUAGUAUUAGUCCUCAUCCUAAAAUACAGAUGAAAUCUCUUGGUGGAUUUACAAGUGCAAAAUCUCUUUAAUAAUAUCUUCGACCAGAUAUAAAAUAGAAAAUGCAUACAUUAACCUCUGAUACUUGUAGAAAAAUAAAGAAUAUUAAAAUACGUCCUAUUUAAUAGUAUAUGAAUCAAAGAUUGUAAAGUUUAAGUCCAAAUUAGAAAAGUUCAAUGGAUUUUCCUUCAUCACCUGAUCUUUUAUCUUAUCAUACUAAGUCCUCUACUUAUGAAUUAGGAUAUAACAAUAGAAAACAUCGAAAUUGUUAUAAUUAGUCUCUAUAGAUGAAAUUGAAUAACUUGAAUAUCUGA